UAUCGGGUGCACUCAUUUGGUUUCCGGUUUGCCGCUUCUAAUUCUACCAUGGCUGUCACUUUGCACACUGAUCUGGGAGAUAUUAAGAUUGAAUUGUUUUGUGAGCGUGCUCCAAAGUCUUGUGAGAACUUUUUAGCAUUGUGCGCCAGUGGCUUUUACAAUGGCUGCAGCUUUCACAGAAACAUAAAAGGCUUCAUGGUGCAAACAGGAGACCCUACAGGCACUGGCAAAGGAGGAACAAGUAUAUGGGGACGCAAGUUUGAAGAUGAGUACAGUGAACACUUGAAACAUAAUGUAAGAGGAGUGGUGUCAAUGGCAAACAAUGGACCCAACACCAACGGCUCCCAGUUUUUCUUCACAUACGCCAAACAGCCACAUCUGGAUAUGAAGUACACAGUUUUUGGAAAAAUUAUUGAUGGCUUUGAAGCAUUGGACGAGUUGGAGAAACUACCUGUAAAUGAGAAGACGUUCAGACCAAUGACAGAGACCCGCAUUAAAGAUGUGACCCUUCACGCCAACCCUUUUGCUGGGUAGACAUAGGCCUCAAGAUGUAAACACACUGAGGAUCAUUCUCUGCAUCACUAUGUGCUUUGUAAAUAUUUGGUAUUGUUUUGUAUUAAACUGAACAUUUUUAAG